ACUGGCGGUGUCUCAGCUAUGGACGUUGAUCCGUUUCUCGAGUUCAUCGAUUAUGCGAGGUCUGUGCUCUCUCCCGCAGACGAUGAUUCGGAUCCUAAUGGAAACUGCAGUGGCCCCGGGUGGAGCUGGAUCGCUUCUCGGAUUCUCAAGACUUGCGUUGCCUACUCGAGCGGUGUCACCGCUGCGAUUCUGCUCUCUGAUCUCUCUCAGGCUUGGAACGAGCAAUGUAGGGCUGGAGCCCCAAAGAAAAGGCCGGAAUGUAUAAAUCAAUUGAAAAAGAACCAUAGGAGAACAAAGCUUCCAAACACGGUUUCGAUUGACACUAUAUAUGACAGAAACUUCCUUUCCUUGAGUAGCGUCUUGGAGGCUGUUAUUGUCGAUGCCUUUUCUCUCCCAGGUACAAACAUCUACAUGCUUACUUUGGGGGAUUUUCGAAGCUCCAACACCAUAGACCUUUAUCUCCACCGCAGAUAUUAUGAUUUGGUGGAUCCUCAGAAUGGAAUUCUGAAGAAAGGGAGGGAGAUUUUACUCACUGGAUGUUAUCUUCGUACAGCUGCCGAAGGAUCUGGGUGUCCAAGACUUUUGCCUACAGAGUAUUUGGUGAUAUUGUUAGAUGAGGAGGAAGAUGACGAUGCAAUGCUGCUAGGAGCUCAGUUUUGUUCAGAUACUUUCUCUUCCAUUUCUCCUGAUGCGGUAAAAAAAGGGGAUUCCUUUUCAUUGCUUGCUAGGAUUGAGUCUAUUGGGUCAUUGGAAUUUCAGGGAAGGUUUGGCAGCCUACAGAGGAAACAAAUUACACUUGUUGAUAAUGAUGGUGUCAAGUUAAAGUUUGUCUUGUGGGGUGAACAGGUUCUCCUUGCUAACCUUUUCAGUGUCUCAAGUAUGCUCGCGCUGGAUAGACCUUUUAUUUCAAAUUCCAUAGAGAGUACAGUUGAAACAAGUGAUGAUUUUUGCCUUGAAUACGGUAGUGCGACACAAUUAUAUUUGGUUCCUUCCAUUCAACAUGAGGAGCAAGUAUGUGUAGCAUUGACACAAAAUCAAUAUCAAGGACCAAGGCUACUGAAUACAUUGGAUCCUAGUCAGGAUCCUAAAGUUUCACAAGUUUCCCUACCCUGUGAUUCACGGGGUUCGAUUGACUUCAGUAGUUAUCCUUUUCGAUCAUUUGUAAUAGACCUUCAUGACAAGAUGACAGGCAUCAGCCUCUAUGGUGUUGUUACAGAUAUUAUCAAAGAGAAACAUGCAGCAGAAGCUCUCUUCUCUCUGAGAAUUGAAGAUACUACUGGAGCCAUUUGGGUGACGCUACAUUUUGCCAAAUUUUGGUCAUUGGGCCGAUUAAGCUUUGGUCAUACAGUUUAUAUUUCUGGUUUAACAUGCUCUAUGACAAAGCAAAACCGCCUGGAAGCAUUAUGGUUUGAGAAUGAUAUCAGAUCUUCUUUCUUCAUCCUUAGUUGCUUGCCUGCAUUGAUAAACUCUUCUUGCCUUCAUAAAGUCUCAAACCUUUGUGAUCUAUCUAGCCAGACUAACAGCACACAAAUAUGUCGAGUGUGGCUUGACCAAAUCGCUCAUUGUCAUGUUAAAAAGUCACAUUCUCUUUGUGGUCAUUUUGUUACCAAGACCCCUAGUGGGAUUUUGGAAUGCAACUUAUGUCGUUACAGUUGUGAUACCGAAGUUAUGCGCACUUUCCAUCUGAAAAUCACUCUUGCAGAUGAGAGUGCAAAAGUUUUUGCAUGGUGUACUGGUCAAACGGCUGCAGAGUUGCUUCAAAUUUCAGCUGAUGAAUUCCAUGAACUGCCUGAGGAAGAACAAGUGAUGUAUCCUUCUUCGCUAGAGAAUGAGAGGUUUGUAGUUGCACUAGUAAAUUGCAAGAGGCAGGGUUAUGCAAUUGGUGAUGGUUGUCGUAUCCUUGAAAAUGAUGGUGUGUCAUGGGAGAUAACUCGUGCAUUUAAGUGUGAAUAACGAUAUGUCUUAUUCAAAAAUGGAUGUUUUGACUAAGUUACUAACCAACUUCACUUGAGAAGGUGGACUGGAACUCUUUGUCUUGAUGGAGAUAUGGUGAUGGUCUUAUUGAUGUGUGGAGCGCAAAGGUUAUGUACGAGAUGCAACGUUUCUUUGUAACAAGCUGGAUCAUGACGCAAGCUUAAUCUGAAGCUUCAAAAUCAAAAGUUGGAACUCCUAAAAGUAAAAUACUCUGUUUUAGAGAGUAAGUUUAUAAACGGAAAAAUAAU